GCGCGCAUAAGACACUGUGCUAGUGGCCGAGGACCUCGCGUUACCAACCCGUUAGUAAUUAUAAGUUCCAGGCAACUCGGCGGCCGAGUCACUAGGGACUGAAGUAGCUCAGUUUCUUGGUGACUUUCUUCAAGAUGUGCGAACAACAGCUGAAUACGUUAUUUGUAGGAGAAGUUGAAAAACAUCCUGUUUUGUACAAUUUUACGCUUCCUGGAUAUUCGAAGAAAGAUGAAAGUGAAAAGGCAUGGGAUGAAGUUGGAAAAAGAGUGAAUAUGACAGUGGCUCAAUGCAAAGAAAGAUGGAAAAACCUACGUGCUGUUUAUACUCGAAACAUGAAAUGCUCCAAAAGUGGUUCGGGAGCAAAGCCAAAGAAAGCGUACUACCUUUUAGAAGCUAUGCAGUUUUGUCUUCCAUAUAUUAAGGCAUUAGGUACGCCUUCAGGGAAUUUACCCCGUCCACCACAACAGGAAGAAAAUGAGCUAUUCGAAAAUAAUGACACUGGAAGUAUAGUAUUGCCAGAACCUCCUUUAUCGCAACAGGAGCUUCAAUCGCCGCCGCCACAGCCACUACCACUGCUCUCCACUCAAACUGCUGAAAUGUCUCAACAGUGGGAAACUCUGCCUGGACCUUCACCAUCACAUCAUAUACCGAAGAAGAAGCGUUUCGUGAACAAUGAAGCAGUUGACAAAGCGUUCAUCGAUUACUUUCAGGCCAAAAAAACCAAAACGUUGACCAAAACAGGCCUUGCCAACCAGGAUCCAAAAAGUGAGGGGCUGAAAAUGUUCCUUCUAAGCAUGCUGCCUGAUCUUCUGAAAAUGUCUGAUGAAGAGGUGUGACAUUUCAAGCCUCCUUGAUCCGAGUGCACCAUGUGUCCGCUGUGGCCAUUCCAUUCAUUGUUCAUGUAUGCGAGUGUUCUUGGCCCGUUAUGGGUAAUUUCAUCAUCCGUCAUGGCCCACGUCACCAGUAAGACGAGUUUGUGGGGUGUCAACUUCGACCCUACAGAACUCUUACUGCCAAUGGACAGUAUGUCAACAGUGAAAUUUUCUGCCCCACUCAAGGAGGAUGAGAUUUAUUUUGGACUCGUUCGUGUUAUAACAAGUGAUGGAAGCAUAGCGACGCCCAGUCCGGCAGACAAGAUCUACAUACUGAAAAAUGAAAAUAUUUCAAAUUCUGGAAAUUGGACUUCUGCCUUCAAUAUUACUGGAAACUUUCUGGGAUAUGCAGAAGUACAUCUACAACUUAGAGAUAAUCGUAGUCAAACUGUUCUUAGUUCCUCCAGUUCUAUAACUGUAAAGGUUGUGCGCAAUGAGAGAGUUGUUGACAAACUUUUCACAUACAGUGUAGCUGUCCUUGUGUCGGUUAUCUACAUCAAUUUCGGAUGUGCCUUGGACUGGUCAGCAUUCAAGAAAACUGUCCGCAGGCCCAUUGGACCCAUAAUAGGAUUCAUAUCUCAGUUCUUGGCUAUGCCCUUGAUCAGUUUUGGUUUGGGAAAAUGGUUGUUUUACGAUUCAGUUCCUAUGCAGCUGGGUAUGUUCUUCACUGGAGUCAGCCCUGCGGGUGGUGCAUCCAAUAUAUGGACCUAUAUUCUUGGAGGGAACCUUAAUCUCAGCAUAACUAUGACCACAAUUAGCACCUUUGCUGCCUUUGCCAUGAUGCCAUUAUGGAUCUUCUCGCUGGGCCAAGUUAUCUUCCAACAAGACAGAUUGGGAGUUCCAUACUCUCGAAUCGCUAUGUUUGCCUUUGGUCUUGUCAUUCCUUUGGCAUUGGGUUUCUUCAUACAGAAGUAUCUUCCACGAAUGACCAAAAUUAUGGUUCGGAUUCUGAAGCCAUUCUCAGCACUGCUAAUUCUCUUCAUCAUCAUAUUCGCAAUUGUAACAAACCUCUACUUAUUUGAACUAUUUACAUGGAAGAUAUUAGUGGCUGGUUUGGGUUUACCAUGGCUUGGAUAUGUCUGUGGCUGGAUGGCUGCUAAUGUAUUUAAACAGCCACCAAGUGAUGCACUUGCUAUUGCAAUAGAAACCGGGAUCCAGAAUACUGGAAUUGCUAUUUUCUUGCUUCGAUUCUCUCUUGAACAGCCUGAGGCAGACCUUACCACAGUUGUUCCAGUAGCUGCGGCAGUUAUGACUCCAGUACCACUCUUAUUGAUGUAUAUCUACCGCAAGUGUUCAGGAAGGUGGAAUAAAAAAGAAGAAACUUUAAGUUUAGAGGAUGAUGACAAAAUAGUUUCAGUUGAAUCUGCCAGGGUCACAGAACCUCACAUCAUAGGCAUUGGCAACAUAAAGUACCGAUCACAUCUGCAUCAGUGUUAGCACUGGACAAGACUGGUAAGAAAUGCACGUAUUUUAUUGAAUUUCAGAGUGUAUAGGCCAGCUGUAUCUGAAUACAGCAAAACUUGUUUAAUAAAACUGAAUUCAUAAGACAGUCAAACAUUGCAAGUAGAUAUAAUACAAGUGGCUUACUGUUUCUGCUGAAUAAAUUACAGGAUGUAUAACAGUACUGAAUAGCUUGAGAGGUUAAAUUGAUUCUAAGGAUGAUUAUGGUCUGACAGGGCUAGUAGAAGAAAUAGCCAUUAUCUGUUUUAAGACACUACUCAUAUUUUCAUUGUGAGAAAACCACAAAAUACCACAAUCAGGACAGUAAGUUACCAGUUGAGACUGAAAUCAGAUAGAUGCCUCCAGAUGCAAAUAUUAUGCAGCAAGAAUAUAUUAGAAAAAUAAUCACAUUUGAACCCAGCAUCAUUGUUUGCAAGUUUAAUCUGUUGUACUUUCUGCAUGGGGAGUGCUGCUGUGCUUCUGAAUGUGACAUAUUUUACUUUUGACCUUACUCUAUGAUCUGUGGUCUGCAUAUGUAUUUAAUGGGCUAAGCAUUGUGACAGCAUGUAAAAUGGCAGGGAGACAGAUUUUUAAUCAAUAUCUUUCAUGUACAGAGGUGGGUAGAUCUGUAUAAAUUGGUAAUACAAAUAACUCAUGACUGACUUGCUCAAAUGGUGAUAUUCUCUGUCCAAAACAUAUUUGAGGUUUCAUCCCAUACAGAUAUCAAUAUGUUCCUGACUUCAUGAAGGUUGGUGUUAUAUUUUGCAAUCCAUAAAUGAUGGCCCCCAAGGAGUGCCAUAUGGGAGACAUCAUUGACCACUCUGAUCAUUUGUUCCAAGGUUGGCUACUCAGGGUGAUGUGCCCACAAAUAUAUUUUAGAAGAGUAUGUGGCAUGCAACCUGCCAACAAUAACAUUUCAAUCAGUGGGAUGAAGUGCAGCGAGCUGCCAGUGUUUCACUGGCUAAAGAAGAGAAGGGGUAUCGUCAUCAGUAUAAGUACACUCACUGACAGAUGGUGAUUACUGUAUCAAGAUUCUUGCAUUGUAAUUUUAAACUGAAAACCAUUUUUUAACUGGGUUAUGACCACCAAGUGGUCAGCAAGUUUUCAAGAAUUUUUUAAAAUAUAACUGUACCAUGAACAGUUUUGGCAAGGCAGUAAGAUUUAAUAUGAGUGGUUUUGGAACACGAAGCUACAGCUUACGAAAACUUUUGCGAAUAGUUCCGUGACCGUACAGGAACAUUUUAUAGCUUAUCGUAGGUGUGCAAACGUUGAAAGACUGCUACAGUGUAUGUUGCAUUGAAACACCCUGUGGCUUGGUACGCGUAAUUACUGGUAGUGACGUCAGGACCAUAAGGCAAUGCAACUGCUUGUGCUUGAAGGUUUGGAUUUGGAUUAUUCGGUAUAUUUUAAUUUUUUUCUUAAUUGAACAAAAUUCUGGUGGUGUAGUUGUAAAUAACAAUUUUCAUGCUAGUGUUAAUAUAGUGAGGUUUGGGAAGUAGUGGCGGCUCGUAGCUAAAAUUAGUGGGGGUGCUGCUCCAGAAAA